GGAGGUUAUGUGGGUAAUUUUGUUGAACCCACAUGCGGCGUAGAAACCUAUGAGCUUCGCAGCAAAAUGUGUCGAACGGAUUAGUCCAUUGAUGAUUAAUCUGAGUGUGGAGUCGAUAAGCUCAACGUACUCAUCGGAAAAGGAAAGAAAUCCACGGCGGAUGGCCGGAAAUCUGUUCAGAGCCCUGAGAAAUGCAGCGGCGGCGCCAAAAGUGGGAUAUAAGAAUGUAUGGCAAAUGAGUAAUUUCGUGUAGAAACCUAUUUAAUCCAACGCCAAAAAGUGAGGGCCACAAGCAACAAAACCAAAUCCGAAAGCCAAAUGUCACAAUUGAAGCCUCAAGUAAAAUGAGAAGAAAAACAAACCGAGAGAGAAAAGGAAUCGACGAUUAGUUCACGAACAUGCUCGAAUUGGCUACAACGCAAAUUAUUUCCGACGCCUUCUCAAGAUCUGCUUCUCAUCCUUCUAUUUUCUUUUCGCGAAAUCAAGCAAAAUCUUCAAUAUCCUUCCGCCGGUUCUUCAGCUACCCGUUGUUGGUGCCGCCGAGCUUUGAAUCGAGUUACUUGACGUAUAGGAGGAGGAACUGCUUAACCCUGGUGAGAGCGAGUCGCAGAGAGUCGCCGUACGAAGUGCUUGGUGUUUCUCCGACUGCAACUCCAAAUGAAAUCAAGAGGGCUUAUCGGAAACUGGCUCUCAAGUAUCAUCCCGAUGUCAACAAAGAGCCUAAUGCACAGGAGAAAUUUAUGCGUAUAAAGCAUGCAUACAACACAUUGCUGAAUUCUGAAUCUAGAAGGAAAUAUGAUCAUGGGAAUCAUGGAUCUGACUUCUCAUAUUCGUCAAACGACUUUAGGCGAAGUAGAAACACCGAAGAUGAAGAAACGUUUUACGGACUUGGUAAUUUUUUCAGGGAUGUUCAAAUAACACUAGGUGACUUCUUUAAGGAUCUUCAAGAAGAAUUUCGAAACUGGGAGGCGAGUGCUUCUUCGCAAGGGACGCCGAAGAGCCUAUGGGAAGAACUGGCGGAAAUUGGGGAGGAAUUUGUAGAGUUUCUAGAGAAAGAACUCAACAUAACUGAUGAUUCAGAAGUUGAAUCGAACGACAACAACAAAGCAUCUCAGAAGACGGAUUCUUUCAGAACUUCGAACACAGAUGAAACAAGAAACAAUGUUCGAAAUCAAGGCAACAAGAGUAGUAGUAGUAUCGAGGAGAAUAUCGACGAGAUAGAAGCCACUCUUUUGAAGUUGAAGAAGGAAUUAGGCUUAUAGCUUAUAGCAUGGAAAUGUAGAAUGCAGUCUUUCAGCCACCUUUCUGUCAAGAACACAUCAAAACAAUUGGGUAUCAUUCUGGAAGGAGGUAACACACACUUGGCAGUAUAUGUUCUUUACCAAUUCUCUUCUGUGAUGGCAUUGAAAUGGCAUAUAUUUUGGUUUAGAUUGGCAACAUUUGGCAACUAUUUUAAAUAGUUCCUAUUUAAAAAAAAUCAAUUCUACCAUAAACAAUUUACAUUGCUGGAGCAAAAGCAAAUCAAUAUUAUUUGUUUCA